AUUGUACUUGUUCAAUCUUGUUUUAAUAUUCUGCUACAUCAUUUUCAGAUUGUUAUAUUAAAGAUAGUUGUACAAGCUACAAUCUUGUUGAACAGUCCAUUAUUGCAUGCAUCUCCCCGAAACCAAUUAGUUGACUUUCGAAACUUAAAUAAAAAUCGGAACACAUAUUUUUAUUCUCCAAUCUAAACCAAGGGGCAUAGGCAAUUAGAAACAUGGCUAUUCCUAACUUCUUCAUUUUCAUUUUCCUUCUCCUCUCUAUAGUGCAUGCUCAGAACAACUAUUGUCCAACUUCCUACUGUAAUAGCGUGGCCAUACAGUUUCCGUUCUGGCGACAAGGUCGGCAACUGCCCUCAAACUGUCAACCAACUGGAUUCAACCUAAGCUGCAAUGGUCAGAACAAAGCAAUCUUAAACAUUCCUCGUGCUGGAGAUUUUUAUGUAAGUUAUAUCAACUACUAUCUUAGAAGAAUUACGCUCAGCGAUCCCGAUAAUUGCCUCCCGAGGAAAUAUUUGAGCUCGAGUCUUUCAUAUUCUCCAUUCAUGGCAAUUUCCAAUCAGAAUUAUACCUUUAUCAGCUGUCCUAAAGGACUGGGUAGUAGCGAUAUCUAUAUUGUUCAUUGCCUCAGCAACGACACCACCGAUGUCUUGGUUAUAAAGAAUGAGGCAGCUGUAGCGAUAUUCCCCGAGUGCAAGAAAAUGGUCACGGUACGAGUACCAGUUUCAUCGUACGAGUAUUCGUUUCCAGUCAAUUUUGAUCUAAGAUGGGAUGACUCUGCAACCGGUAAGGAUCUUUCACUAAUUUGCAACCGGUCAGUUGAGAUUAAAAGUGCAGAAAACAAAAGACCUGUCUCUAGAAUCUUUGCCUUGGCAUUCGUCAUAUCGUCCAUGGUUAUUCCAGUAGUGAUAAUCGGCAUAGCGUGCUGCAUAUGCAUGAUGAGACGCAACAACCUUCAGGAUAGUGGCUCGAACCAAACUUCCGGAGUAACUGGUUUAUCAAACACAGUGACAACAGGGCUGGGCAUAUCGACAAUCGAAACCUACAAAAAAAUCACAAUUGGCGAAAGUCGUCGGAUUGAAGGGCCUAAUGGUAUAACCUGCGCAAUAUGCCUGGCAGAUUAUGUUCCGCAGGACACGAUAAGGGUCAUGCCUGAAUGCCAACAUUGUUUCCAUGUCGAAUGUAUAGAUCAGUGGUUAGGAAUCAAGGCUAAGUGUCCAAUCUGCAGGGCCUCACAGGCUUAA